GAGAUGAGUUGAGUGCUUUGCUAGCUAACACUUAGCUCCCAAUGUGUUAAGUUUUUGCUAGAACCAACAGUCUUCAAAAUGCCAAGACUAUUUGUUAAUGGAAAUUCUAUUCCAUUACCAACGUUUUGCGAGAACAGGAGCGAAUUAAGCGCGUUAAUUUGCUUAAUAAUCAUGAUGGUUACGGAAGGGAUUUAAGGUCCAGUUGUUGUAUGCGAUCACUGGUACCUCAUCUUACCUGUAACUGUUAAAACAGGAUGCCAGAGAUGACAGAAACUCAGACACCUGGUCGUAAACCCAAAAAGAAGAAAAAUAAAGAAUCUCACAAUGCAGUUGAAAGACAUAGAAAAGAGAAAAUUAACGCGGGGAUUAACCGGAUUGGUAAUCUUCUGCCGUGUUCCCCUGCACUUAAACAGAGUAAGAACAUGAUACUGGAUCAGGCUUUUCGUUACAUCACUGAACUGCAAAAACAAAAUGACACAAUGCUUCUAGAAGGUGGAGAUAAAGUUCAAGGUAAGAUAUUAACACAGGAAAUCUGUCGGCUGCGGAGUCAAUUGGAGGAAUUGAGAAAGGAGAGUUCUCAUUAUAUCGCACUCCUCAAAGCUCAUGAUAUCAACAUUCUUGAGGACCCUACUAUCCACUGGACGGGCAAGCAGCGCUGUGCCAAAGUGGCAAAAGUGACCCCCACUCACCAGCUCCCAAAGGGGAUUGUUGUCUAUUCCAAUGGCAACAUGAUGUGCCCUGCAGGAAAACAGAGUAACCCAGGGAAACAGCCCUCUGAAACAUUAAUUCUUCAACCAACAGCUGAGCCGAGAUUAAGAGUUAAUGGCACCCUGCUGCAAGUUAAUACGUCUUCCUCCACUCCUGUACUUCUACCUGGGUCAGCUGUCACCCCCACUCAUUCUGCUCCAAGUCUCAGAAUGAUAGAGCAGUGUGUGGUUGAGACACCGGCUACAGCCCCCACUCUGCCACCUUCUGUGUCUUACAUCACUCUCCAGAUCCCUGCUGCUGCUACAACCCUACCCCAGCAAACACAGUCUGCUGCCCCACAGACCCUCACUGUUGCAACUACUUCAGCCUCACAGUUUCCCACUAAUACCCCUGUUCUGCCUGUGUCCACGCACCCCACAUUUACCCAAACUGUAACAAGAGCAAUAACUUCAGAGGUUUGCUCAUGGAUUACACAGGAUACUGCCAUCAGGACUGUAAAUUACACUGCUAUCCCUAGCAGCCAAACACUUCUUAGGGCUGGGGCUGCAGGGAGCACACAGACAACCUGGACAACAUUGCAGAUGGCAGGAAACACAGUGCAACCAGUCUGCCAGAGUCUACCCUCACAAGAGGUCAACAGCACCACCCAAACUAUCCAACAGGUGACUGUUUGUCCAGUGGGCAGCAAACCACCCGUUCACCCCAUUCAAAUACAGAUGCAGCCACAUGUGCCUGUACAGCAGGCACCCAUUACUGGUCAUAUUCAAGCACAGCCUAUUCAAAAUCCACCUCAGCCACAACCUGCAGUUCUAAACCAGGCACAACCUCAGCCAGUCCUAGCCCCCCAACCUCAGUGUGCUGUCCUUCCCCAAUCAGCCAUAGUACAGCAGCCAGCUGUGGUGGCCCACCCUGCUGUUGUUUCACAGCCUCAGUCUGCUGUACUUCAGCCAGCAUCAUUAGUUCCUCACACCCCUACAGCCCUUAUCCCUCAGCCUCAGCCCCUUCCUCAGCCAGCCCUGGUGCCUCAGCCACAGGCCACUGUGCUCCCCCUUCUUCAGACUAUGCAGGUGCUGCAAGUCAACCCAACUGGGGCAACAGCUUCAAGUGUAACAGCAUGUCAGAAAACAAACAAUCCAAGUGUUGUAAUCUUGCAGCAGGCCAGUGCUUGUCCUGCCCAGUCAGUAGUGAGGGAUGACAUGACUAAUCAGACACCAUGCCAGCAUAUUGUAAUUAUUCAAGCACCUAAUCAGGCUGCAUCUGCUCCUCAGAAUCCUCAAGUUGGCAUAGUUCCUGCUGCAGUACCCGUUGUGUCCACUCAAACACCCACAACCAGUUCUGUGCCUGCCACUCCCUUACAGAGCGUUGGGGGAAAGCAGCUUGUGCACAUUCUCCCUCGUCCUGUUCAUUCUCAAGUGAACCAUCCUCCACAGGGCUCCCAAACCUCUUCUUCUCCACCAGUUCCUACAACUCCACAAACUAUCACUGUGAACGGCCAGGUGUUUGCCCUGCAACCUCUGAAGACCUCUGAGAAAGCCAGUUCCCAGGGUGGCCAAAGUACCCUCCAGCUGGUCCAACCCACCACCACUGAAGAACCAACUACCAAUGUGGCUCUCAACAGUUUAGGGGCCCUCAGCAGUCUCAACCAGAGCAUCUCUCAGGGCCUCCCUCUUACCAUUUCUAGCCAGAGCAAUUGUCAGCCGCCACCUGCUCCGUUAACAGUACUGCAACAGAAGCAGCAGCAGCCUGCUGUUUCAUCACCCACACUACCCGCCCAGCAGUUACAAAUGCCACGUGUCAAUCCACUCAGAUCAGCUCCCAUAGUUAAUGCUUCUAAGCCUUCAGGAAAGAGGCUUCGCACAGCUUUAAAUGCAAAGAAAGCAGCCGCUAAAAGGGCUAAAUCUGCCAAGAAAAAAGAGCUCAAUCAGGCACAAACUGCUGUUUCUGCAAAAUCAGAGGCUGCUGGACGAGAGAACCGGACAGUUCAAGUUACCCAAGUUUUACAGUCCACAGCUCUCAAAGUCACAGACAUUCACCCCACAUCUACCACAAUUUCCAAUACUACAGAUAGCAGGGAAGCUACAGGCAGUGUUACUUCAGUACAGAACACACAGCAGAUGAUUGUAUGCAGUUCAUCCAGUAAUGCAACUGUGUUUAGUCAAGCUCACCAACAAGAUAAAAGCUCCUUCAGCGGAUCUCAAAAUGAUUCAGUAUUCUCUCAUAGCAACACUAGCACUAUCACCACCACAGUUACAACUGUCAAAGCAACAUCAGUUAAGCCACCAUGCAGUGCAGCUUUGGCCACUGAGAUUAAAACAGCAGUCGUGUCUGGCAACAGUUCAUCUGCAACCAAACUCUCAGUUCCAGAGGUCAAACAUCCAACACCAAGUACAUCAGUUAACACAACACAAAGCAAGUCAGCUUGUGCUACUGCUGUUUCUAAACAAAACACUUUUUUGGCCCCUUCUUUAGCUUCCACUGAGACUCGGAAACACUCUGCAACAGAUUCUAGCACUUGUUUAACUCAAGUCUGUACCAGCAGCAUCAUAACAAAUGUACCAGUGUCUUCAAAUCAGACUCCCCACACAGACUACCCUUGUCUUUCCCAUGGAUCUAAAGCCAAAGAUCCACUGUUUUGUAAUAAAUCUGAGUGUCAGGCCCUCUCUUCAUCUUCUGUGUCCACAAGUUUAGUGCUGUCAUCACCUGCACCAGUGUGUCCUGUUGCCCACAGCUCUGUUACUGCCUCUACAACAAGUUCAGAGUUAAGGAAAAGAGCCACUGCUCCAAGACCUCCAGCACAGCAGACUGAGGUGACUGUUCCCAAUCCCUCCUCGGGCCAUCCUUCUGAAGUCAAACUAUCCCAAGCUACUAGAACUAACAGAGAGGUCCAGGAGGAGAGAUGUUCCACAAUAUCCGAGAAAGAAGGCUUGAUGGCAGUGACUUCCAACGAACCCUCAAGAAAGGAUUUUGCUUCGUCUCAACAGGUGUACACUAACUUAGAUGACCAUACUAUGGAGCACCCCAUGACUUCUAGCAGACAGACUGAUUCACCCAUGUCUACUGGGGCUGGGGGUGGCAGAGGAUUCUCUGUGGCAUCAUUGCUUCCACAGGGCCACAGUAUCAGUGCCUCAUCUGGCUCCUUUGGAACAUUUACAUUUACAUCUGAGCAGGCAGAGAUGCUGGCCUUGGCCAUGCUAGAGCAGGACAGCCCUGGGAAGAGGAGUGGAGGCUGCCCAGGGGAUAACACUUCAACUAAUCCCGCCUCAUCCACAUGGGACUCCCCUAAAACCCCACCAGCGUCCUCCAGUAAAGAGAGGGGCUUAGCUGGACAGCAGGCUAAAGUGAAUAAGCCCAUGGAUCCAGGAACUGUUAAAGCUGUUAUUGAGUUGUCCGUCAGAGGACAGGCAGGGGAAGGGUCUGUUGGUGGGACAAAUGGAGCUAGACAUCCUCAAAAUAUUGUGUACUCGCAGUCUCAGCCUCUCCCACUUGCCCAAUCUCAAAGCUCCUCCCAGAGUGGCACAGUGGCAAGCCUAAGUGUAAACAAUCUAAUAAGGCCCAGCUCCAGUCACCAACCCUAUCCUGGUUCCCCUAAUCUUGCUGGGCAACAGGGCUCUGUUUCCUCUCCUGCAGGAACCUCAGCCCAUAUAUCCCAGCCAUCAAACACUGCCCUCUCACCGUGCUCAGGUGCUGCUCAGACAAAUGAGUAUACUCCCUUAAAGACUACUUUAAUGAGGGCUCAGCCUGGAGUUGGUGUGGGUGAGCGACAAGUAAAGAUCAUUUCUAAGCGGCAGGCCCAAGAAGAAGUCAUGUUAAACACAGGAAAACGACCAAAGCCUUGCCCUCCACCAGCUAACGCUGUUAGCCAUAUGGAGGUAAAAACACCAGAUCGCAAUCAAAUUAUGGCAGGACAGCUGCCUUCCACAUCCUCAGCUGUCAUGACAAGAAUUAAUUCUGAAAGUGCAGGCCCUCUGUUCUCUACAAACUCUUUCAUGAGUGCGGGAGUUCGCCCAACAGAGGUUCAGUGCCCUGCUCAAGCACCCCCUGAACAGAACCAGGUAGGGGCCCUUCAUCUGCCCCAGGGUCACCCACAACAUACUGUAAGCCAGCCUAGCCAGCAUCUGGGAGGGAAUCUUUACAUGAAACAGCAGCAGGAGCAACAGAGACACCAUCUGUAUCAUUUGCAACACCACCUAACACAGUCAGACCCUGCACAGCGCCACUCUCUACACCAGAGGGCACUGCAACAACAACAGCAACAAGAGCAGCAGCAUGUCCAAAAGAAGCGAGGACUUGUUAGAGGAAGUCAAGCUGGCUCACCUGCUGGCCUGCCACAGAAGCAGCAUCACCUGGAAAAGUCUGGAAUUCAGCAGCACUCUCACCAACAACAACAGACUCAGCAUCAGCAGCGUACACAGCAGCAAUCUCAACAGCACCCACAACAGUCACACCAACAAUCACAACAGCAUCAACAGCCAACACAACACCAACAGACUCACCCCCAACAGCACCAACAGGCACACCCACAACCUCCCAAUGCACAGCAUCAACAACACCAACAGCAGCAGUUACAGCAGCAGCAAAACUCCCACUCCAGACACCAGCAGCAUCUGCAGCAGCAGAUCCAGCAGCAGCAGCAGCACUUUAGGCAUCAGGACAAGAGCUGUGAAGCCCAAACAGCAGGAUCAAGGGGCCACCACAGCAGCCACCUGACUCAGCAGGACCACCUCAAGCCUGGUCAGGACCAUAAUGCUAUGCAGAGGAUGAUGGGCUCCAGGAGCCUGGAGCAGCAGCUCAUCUCUCCUCCCAGCAACCCGGUGUCCCGUCCAUCUGAGCUGGCCUGUGCUUCAUCUCGCCAGGAACGUCACCGCGUGUCCAACUACUCUGCAGAGGCUCUCAUUGGUAAAAGUUCCUCCAGUGGUGAACAGCAGCAACGUAUGGCCCUCCACCUUCAACCUGGUCGUGGUGGUACUCAGGAGCAGGCAGACCUCCGCGGUUACUUGGAUACAUCACGGGGAAAAGCUGGCAUUGCUCACAACCCACAGAAUCGCCUUCCCUCUGACCAUCCAGGGUCCACGGACGUUCAACGUGUCUCGGAGUGUACACCCUUCAAGGCUAUGGGUGGUGCACAUCAACUCAGUGGUUUUGAGGCUCAGGUGUCUCGUGGGAGUGACAUGGCUGCUAAGGCAGUGCCUCCCUCCCAGAGAGGCCCUCAGGGGCAACAGCAGGGAGGGUUCAGGAUGAGUAUUGGUCCCACAGCAGAUGGCAGAAACCGUGGUGGCUACAGUGGAGCUCAUCCUGGUCCGCAGGGAGUACAAGUUGGCCCAGCAAUGCCUCGGGAACAGGAAGGUUGUCAACAGAGUUUCAUGCAGAGUCUCCUUUCCCCCCACCUUCCUGAGCAGAGCAAUCACCAGCGAGCAGUGCAGUGCUGUCCCCCUGUCAGCAUGGAGUACAGCUGUGUGCCUGGAAACUCUUCAGGAGACAUUCAGGCCAAAGCCUCCAGCCCUAGUGUUCCCCAAUCUCAGAAGACUCCAGCUAUGCGACUUGCAGAGGGCAACAAGGGUCACAUUUCUCAGGUUAGUAGUAAUAUGCACGCAGGCCCAGGUGUGCGAGCAGGUCUCCCACACCCUCCACCUCCACACAGCAGUGCUGAGCAAGGCCGUUCCUCUGCCCCAUCCAGACCACCCACUGCUGUUAGCCAACACUCUCGUCAUAUUCCCCGAGAUAAUCAGCCCACCAAACUGAGACCUGGUGACCGGCCUCGAUCAGGAACUCUAAGACCAACCAACCCCUUUGAGCCUGAAGGCCACCUGCCUCUGCCCUCCGGAGGAGGGGUGCUGCUGAGUCGAUCACAAUCUGGAGGAGAGGCACGACGCAGCACCAUCGUACGCUUUAUGCCAGAUGGUGCACAAGUUCCUGGCGACAACAACCUGGGGGCUGACCAACACUUAACACAGAACUUUGGUUUCCCCUUUAUUUCUGAGGGAGGAAUGAAUCCUCCACCUCCAAUUAAUGCAAACUCUACGUUCAUCCCUCCAGUCAGCCAGCCUAACGCUUCCCGAACACCAUCCCUUCUUCCUGUUGAGCCACAGAACACUUUACCAUCCUUUUAUCCUUCUUAUUCUCCAGCUGCUCAUCCCAGCCUUCCUAGUGAUGUCACUCUCCAAUAUUUUCCCAACCAAAUGUUUACAAGUCCAAGUGCUGACAAGGGUAGCGCUCCUCCACUCAACAACCGCUUUGGUUCCAUUCUCUCCCCUUCCCGCCCUGUGGGGUUCGGGGUAGAGAGAGGUUUCCCCUUACUUCCAGAUAUGCCUCCUAUGCCCAUUGCCAACUCAUCUGGAAUCACCCCUCACAUCUCCAACUUCAGUCUCACCUCUCUGUUCCCUGAAAUCGCCACCGGGAUGCCCACCGAUGGCUCAGCCAUGCCAAUGUCUCCUUUGCUGUCUCUCUCCAACACCUCAUCUGCCGACUCUAGCAAGCAGCCGAACCGUCCUGCCCACAACAUCAGCCACAUUCUGGGCCAUGACGGCAGCUCGGCUGUGUGAGGAGAUCUCAUGCUGCAGCUUGAAUGCCAUGGUGAACUGGUGUUGUGGAGUACAGAGUUCAAGUUUCUGCUUGAAAUGUGUUAAAAGUGUUGAAGAAAGUGAUGAAGAACUUGAUGAAUGAUCACUUUAGUUGUUUACAUGUUCACACAAUUUCAACGUGUUUUCUUUGACAUACAUAUGAUGUCAUGGUAAUUAUUUCCUUUUUUUUUUUUUUUUUUUCAAAUUUUAAUCUUUUAAUUUUAUGGGGACAGAAAAAAAAAUGUCCUGUUUAAAAUAUUGGUUAAACCAACUACUAGUUAAACAGAAAGUUUAGGUUCAUAACUUGAAUUAAUUGUAUUUUGGGUCAUUAAGAAAGCUUCACAGUUAUGUAAUUUACUAACUUAUCAGGUCGUUCUGUACAGAAUAAUUUUUUUUCCAAGAGCUAUUUUGUAAAUAUCAGUGUUUCAUAUCAGAAUUGUUAGACUAUGUAUGUAUUUGUAAAUAUAAAAUUGAUAAUAAAGUUUAUAACGAGA